AUGUCCGAGUAUCGUCAUAUUCGAUCCGGUAGCUUAAACAUUCCCUCCCAGACAAAUACCAUGAGUCCGAUAGUUCCGUCGCACGGUCGCUUCGACGGUCCCCGAAGCCCGCCGAAUACAUCGCACGUACCAUGUAAAUUCUUCCGACAGGGCGCUUGCCAGGCUGGUUCUGCUUGUCCCUUCAGUCACGACCUCGGUACGGCAUCGGAAACGGUGUGCAAGUACUUUGCCAAGGGCAAUUGCAAAUUCGGUCCUAAAUGCGCCAAUGUCCAUGUUCUAGCUGACGGUAGACGAAUCAACUAUGGCAAGAAUGGUAUCACCAUCGGCCAGCCCAUUCACCUCGGCAAUCGAGUCAAUCCCACCGCCUACAACAAUUCGAAUAGCGCCCUAACCAAUUCCUUCAUGCGUGCCGACGCCAAUCCCUCUUACAGCGGAACGUAUAACGGUUACCCGAUGUCCCCGAGCGACACCUACCAAUCCAUUGAUCGUCGACCGAGCUUAGAGAACGUUCCUACCAUCGAUACCACAUAUUCCCACACGAGUUCCCAAUACGGUUCGCCAAGAGAGGAAGAUCCGUCGCGUCUAGGCUUAGGUCUCUCGCCCGUAGCAGCGGCGAAGGGUCUAUCGGUCCUCGACGCACCUCUUCCCGCUUCUUUCGAUUCCAACGGAAUUUCCAAUGCCGCUCGAUAUCCCGGAGGACCGUGGCCCUCGUCUGUUCCCUCGCAAUUCGGACUCGAAUCGCCUUCGCCGUCGUUGAACGCGGCUAAAGACGCGAGAACAUCAGAAACGCUGAAGCUUCUUCACCACUCCGCAUUCGGUAGCAACGAACAUCUAUCUUCGGUGGCCCCCGGUUCUUCGCCUACCACCCAACCCUCGGACGAAUAUUACGGUAGACGCCAGAUGCAUUCGAGCCGCUAUGCCAAGCCUAAGAUGCUUAGCAGCAGCGCGCCUCGAGCCAUAACUGGCGCCAUCGUCGAUCGAGACUGGGAAUCGGACUUCUCCUUUUUAGAGGAGGAUUACUUGCCGGACAAUCUAAAAGACCUGCUGACUCCGGCUGAGAAAGCCCGGCGCGGAUCACGAGCGGCCGACGAAGAAUCGAACGGUCAUAGGGGAAACGGGAACUCGCCUAGCAUCGUCGGAAUGAGUGGCACGGGUACGCCUAAUGGGGAAGUGAACUCCAAAUUCGGUAGUCCCAUGGCUUCGAGCCCAAGCCGAUGGGGCCCGCUCUUCCAGCGGCAGCACGAGGAACACGAGGCGAAGAAGCACGCCGCUGCAGCUAGCGCAGGUGUAUUCGGACACGUUGGAAGCCCUCUUCGCCAAUCCAGCCUCAGCGCUAGUGUCGUGCGACCACAUAACGCGAGCCGAUCCAGUAGCAUCGAAGGCCUCAGCGCCUUGACCCAGCAGCUGCAACGCACCCGCGUGGACAGCAACGGGGGCGAAUCACCUCACCUCCAUCCCAAUUCUCACACUUCGCGACCGUCCAACGGACGAGCCGAGCGCCACGUCAGCAGUGGUUCUAUUAGCUCCAGCGCUCGAUAUACCACCCCGAUAGGAGAGGAAGACGGCGAAUUCGUUUUUAGCAUGGACGAGGACGGCGAACGAGAUAGCACCAUAAGAGCGCGGAAGCGGAUGUCUGGCGUCGGCAGCGCCAUGAGCGUCUGGGGUUCGAGCUAUGCCGGCGUCGUCGCAGGACCCGGAAAGAAGGACGACGGCGCCGCUAGAGUCGUUGAGGGAGUUGGUGGUCGGUGA